AUGGAAGACUACAAAACAAAAACAUAUCAGCAAUUUGAGGAAGACAUGCGAACAACUGUAAUAACUAACACAAGCAUCGUAGAUAUCCUAGGUGAUCUUUUCGAAGAACCUGAAGACUUGGCUAUAGGCCAUUGCCUUUCAAAAAAUUUUGAAAUGUCACGAAGAAUAGCAUUGGAAUUCAGGAGAAGAUUUGGUCAAAUUGAGAAAUUAAAAGAACAGAACAAAUACAUCACAGAAAUUGCACACAUUAAACAUAACGGGCGAUUUCUCUUAUAUAUUAUCACUAAACAACUAUGUCAGCAAAAACCUUAUCUAGACAUAAUGUUUAAAUCUAUCGUUAAUUUACGAACAUUCAGUCAUUGUUUUGGCCUUUGUCCGAGUAAGACGUGUGUUAGCGNAGAAUUGGAAUUCAGGAGAAGAUUUGGUCAAAUUGAGAAAUUAAAAGAACAAAACAAAGAUAUCACAGAAAUUGCACACAUUAAACAUAACGGGCGAUUUUUCAUAUAUAUUAUCACUAAACAACUAUGUCAGCAAAAACCUUAUCUAGACAUAAUGUUUAAAUGUAUCGUUAAUUUACGAACAUUCUGUGAAGAAAAUAAUAUCACAAAAAUUGGACUGCCUAGAAUUGGCAACGGACUCGAAAAUUUAAAUUGGAAAACAGUUCGGUCUAUUAUCAGAUACAUAUUUAAAAAUUCAGGAAUCAAAGUUAUCAUUUACGUCGACAUCGAAUAUUCUGAUGAGGAAAAACUCAAGAUACUUGAAGAAUUUCACAAUUCUCCACUUGGUGGUCAUCAAGGUGUGUCGAGGACUAUCAAAAGAAUCAAACUACACCACUAAUGGAAAGGAUUAAAACAUGACGUGAAGAAAUUUAUAGCUUCAUGUCACUCAUGUCAACAAAAUAAAAGCACGAAUAAAACCAUUAAACAACCUAUGGUAAUUACAACUACAUCCGAAAAACCAUUUGAGAAAGUAUUUCUUGAUAUCGUUGGUCCUCUCACAACAACACACAANAAGGUGUAUCGAGGACUAUCAAAAGAAUCAAACUACACCACCAAUGGAAAGGAUUAAAACAUGACGUGAAGAAAUUUAUAGCUUGAUGUCACUCAUGUCAACAAAAUAAAAGCAUAAAUAAAACCAUUAAACAACCUAUGGUAAUUACAACUACAACCGAAAAACCAUUCGAGAAGUAUUUCUUGAUAUCGUUGGUCCUCUCACAACACACAAAGGUCACUCGUAUAUAUUGACAAUUCAAGACGACUUGACCAAGUUUUCAGCGGCAUUUCCAUUAAUAACUCAUGAUGCAAACUUGGUAGCAAAAACAUUUGUCGAAAGAUUUAUAUGCCAACAUGGCAUACCGGAAUCAAUUGUAACGGACUGUGGGACCGAAUUUAUGAGUAAAAUUUUCAAAGAUUGCUGUACACUACUGCAGAUNUUGGUCCUCUCACAACAACACACAAAGGUCACUCGUAUAUAUUGACAAUUCAAGACGACUUGACCAAGUUUUCAGCGGCAUUUCCAUUAAUUACUCAUGAUGCAAACUCGGUAGCAAAAAUAUUUGUCGAAAGAUUUAUGUGCCAACAUGGCAUACCGGAAUCAAUUGUAACGGACUGUAAGACCGAAUUUAUGAGUAAUAUUUUUAAAGAGUGCUGUAAACUACUGCAGAUAAAGAAGAUGAAUACUACCCCGUAUCAUCAUCAAUCCAAUGGUAACUUGGAAAGGUCUCACCGUACGUUGGCGGAGUAUUUGAGGCAUUACGUGGACAAAAAUCAGACAAAUUGA